AUGCCAUCACAAUUGCCACCCAAAGAAAAUAAUCUCUUCAAGCGUGUAGUAAAAUGUUAUGAGCAAAAGCAGUAUAAGAAUGGCUUGAAAUUUGCCAAGCAGAUCUUGUCUACCCCCAAGUAUGCCGAUCAUGGAGAAACUUUGGCUAUGAAAGGCUUAAUUCUAAAUUGCCUUGGCAAAAAAGAGGAAGCAUUCGAUUUAGUUAGGAGAGGUCUACGCAAUGAUUUAAAAAGUCAAGUCUGCUGGCAUGUGUUUGGCUUAUUGCAAAGAUCUGAAAAGAAAUAUGAUGAAGCGAUUAAAUGUUACAGAAAUGCUUUAAAAUGGGAUAAGGAUAAUCUACAGAUCUUACGCGAUUUGUCUUUACUACAAAUUCAAAUGAGAGAUCUAGAAGGCUAUCGGGACACUAGAUAUCAAUUGCUAAAGUUACGCCCUGGUCAAAGAGCUUCCUGGAUUGGUUAUUCAAUGGCAUGUCAUUUACUGGAGGAUUUUGAUACAGCCUUAGCGGUUCUGGAAGAAUACAGGAAAACGCAGGAAGUCAAAUCAUACGAUUAUGAAUUUAGCGAGUUUCUACUGUAUCAGAAUUCGGUUUAUAGAGAAGCUGGAAGAAACAAAGACUGUCUCGAACAUUUGGAAAAGUAUGAAAAACAGAUUUGUGAUCAAGUCAGUAUUAUGGAAGUAAAAGCGAUAGUCUCGUACAAUCUAGGAUUAAAGGACAAAGCAGAAAAGUAUUAUCGGCAAUUAAUUGAUAGAAAUCCAAGCAAUAAUGAUUACUAUACUGGACUCGUUAAAGUCCUUGAAUUGUCCACUGAUGAAAUGAUGGCAAAUCUGUACUCAGAAUUUGUUGAAAAAUACAAAUACUCUCAUGCCCCCAAACUACUUAGACUGCAAGUUACAUCAGGUGAUACAUUCAAACGGUAUGUAGGUGAUUAUAUAAAGCACGCUUUACGUCGAGGUUCUCCACCCCUAUUUUUGAAUAUUAGACCAUUACUCAAAGACAAAACAAAGGCCAAAAUAAUAGAAGAAUUAGUGCUUGACUACAGUCACAAUUUGAAGAAUCAUAGCAAAUUAUUAACCGAUGACGAAAAUAAAGAACCACCCACAACCUACCUAUGGACGCUCUUCUUUCUUGCUCAAUAUUAUGAUCAUUUUAGAAAAUUGGAUGUUGCGAUGAAGUAUGUUGAGGAAGUUCUAGAUCAUACUCCAACACUUAUUGAAGGAUACACAUUACAAGCAAAAAUCUAUAAACAUGCCGAUAAUUUACAAUUAGCAGCUAAAUUAAUGGAUGAAGCUCGUUCCCUUGAUACUGCUGAUCGAUAUAUAAAUUCUAAAUCCGCAAAGUAUCAACUAAAGAUUGAUAAUAUCGAGAAAGCUGAAGAAACUUGCGCAAUGUUUACCAGGGAAGGUGUCUCGGCUAUCGAAAAUCUUAAUGAAAUGCAAUGCAUGUGGUUUCAAACUGAAUGUGCUGCUAGUUUCUUAAGACAAGGAAAGAUUGGUGAAGCAUUAAAGAAAUGUCAUGAAAUCGACAAGCAUUUUACAGAUAUUAUCGAAGAUCAGUUUGACUUUCAUACGUAUUGUAUGCGUAAAAUGACGUUAAAGGCUUAUAUCAGUAUGUUAAGGAUGGAAGAUAUAUUACGUAGCCAUCCGUUUUAUUUUAAAUGUGCAGUGUUGGCAAUUCAGGCCUAUGUAAGUCUGCACGAUAACCCAAUUACGGAAACUGAAGAAGAUACCGAAGUUAAUUCUGACGGUCUGACGGCCAAAGAGUUAAAAAAAUUAAAAAGUAAGCAAAGAAGAGCGAAGAAAAAAGCCGAGUUAAAAGAAGAGAAGAAAGCUGACAGCAAAGACACCAAUGAUAAAAAGAAAGCAGACGACAACGCCGAACCUAAAUUAGACCCAAAGAAAUUGGUUCAGAUACCAGACCCCCUAGAUCAAGCGAUCAAAUUCUUACGUCCUCUUCAAGAUUGGAGUGCUGAAACAAUAGAUACUCACCUGUAUGCAUUUGAUAUUUACUACAGGAAAGGAAAAUACUUAUUGAUGCUACAAUCAUUGAAAAGAGCACGUAAUAUUGAUUCGCAAAAUCCUCAGUUGCAUAUAAAUAUUGUCAAAUUUGCUUUAGCUGUUAAAGCGAAAGCAGACUUAAACAAAGCUGUAUCUCAAGUUGUUGAAACGGAAUUGGAAGUGUUAUUAGAAGGAAUGAAAUUACAAGAAUUUAACGAUAAUUUUAUAGAAAGAAACAAGAAUUCGAUUGCACAUCAAAGUGCAGGAGCUGAAGCGCUAAAUAUUUUAAAUCCCUCAGCCUCUGAUCGGGUCCUUCAAUUGUGCUGUAAUCUAUCUUAUGAUCAUAUAGAAACAGAAUUACCGGUGUGUGCGAAGGUGUACAAAAAUUUACAAAAAGACACCUUCGGUAAAGUACCUGAAAGCGUCAUUGAAACCUAUAGAAAAAGUUGCAGCCAGUUAUUUCCUUUAGCUGCCGUAUUUCAAGAUAAUCAAACAGCAUCAGAGACAAACGAAGUUGUUUCAUCUUUAAGUGAACUGUCUGUAAAAUAA